UAUGGGUAUGUCUGUAGUGUGUAUCAUAUCGCUCUUUGGUCUGCCGAUGGGCGGCCGUUACUUGGCGUACUGUGUAGGUCUCCCAGUAUCUUCUCAGUACAUGCCCAUGCCCAACUGCAAUGACGGAGACAGAAUGGUGGGCACAUUUCCGGUUUUGUUGGUUUACAAGUACCACCAGCCAAGCGAAUACAUGGUUCGAAUAGCCGCCUGGAUUCCUGCUCUUGGAUUAGUGAUUAAGUACUACCUAGGUGAUGCGUAAUGCGAAUGGAGAUGAUGAAAGUAUUGGUAUCUUGUGUUCACGCUACGGUAUGAACCUAUCAGGAGCUGCAAUGAACUGGUCAGUUUCACCUACGAAGAGGGACUGUGCAAGCUUGGGGCGAAUUUGGUUUG